AUGCCAGUGACAACGAGAAAAAUGAGCGAAAGGCGGCGGCAGGAGGAGGAGCAAAAGUACGGUCAAAUUGACGAUAGGGUUGCGACAUGCUGCAUGAUGUAUCCCGUCUUUUGCACUGCUAGAAUACCCUCAGAUAUUCUAGAUGAAUUCAUAGACCAGUCAUACGCAGGCAUACUCGACCUCCUCGCACCACACAUUGUCGACCCUGGUGCAUCCCCGUGUAUCCUCCAAACCACUGACCUAGACUUAAUCGCCCACGGCUCCCGCAAGCCAAUGCCAAACUUCGAGUCCCCCUUUCUGAACUGGACGGAUGAACAGGUCCGGGACUGGGCGACGAAGGAGGGUAAGCGCCAGCGCCAGUCCUUCGCAAUGGAAACAUUCACAAUCCUCGAUCAAAAUUCAAUCGACAAUAAGAUAUGUCGGAUAGGAUAUAUUGACAACGGUGAGGAAGACGACGACCGUCGAAUGCUCCAUGGGAUCUUCUACGCCGACCUCCAGACAAGGAUUCCCUUGAAUGAAGUCGAGGUCAGCUGGAGCGAAACGAUACCGCUGAUGGAGGAAACUGGAGUCUUCGACUGGACGGUGAUGGCAAAGGAGCAAGCAGAAAUUGAUCAAGUGCUCGAGAGGAAGAAAACUAUGCACGUGACCAAGCGGUUACAUAAUUAG